UCACGAACCAGAUCAUCAGAAUGGCCACCGCAAACGAGCACACUCUGCCCCAGCUGCCCUAUGCCUACAAUGCUCUUGAGCCCACUAUCUCGGCUCAGAUCAUGGAGAUUCACCACUCCAAGCACCACCAGACGUACGUCAACAAUCUGAACGCUGCUGAGAAGGCAUACGCCUCUGCUGUUCAGAACAAGGACAUUCGCACUCAAAUUGCGACCCAGCAAGCCAUCAAGUUCAACGGUGGAGGCCACAUCAACCAUUCCCUUUUCUGGAAGAACCUGGCUCCCACGUCCGAGGGCGGCGGAUCACUGCAGGAGGGCAACCUCAAGCAGGCAAUCGACCGCGACUUUGGAUCGUUUGACAAGUUCCGCACCAAGUUCAACCAGACUGCGCUUGGGAUUCAGGGAUCCGGAUGGGCCUGGCUUGGCUUCAAGGACGGCAGGCUCGACGUUGUCGCUGCCAAGGACCAGGACCCCCUGACGACGCACUACCCUAUUCUCGGGCUGGACAUGUGGGAGCAUGCCUUCUACCUGCAGCACCAGAACAACAAGGCCGCCUACGUCGACACUGUGUGGAAGGUCUUCAACUGGAAGGAGGCAGAGAAGCGCUUCCAAGAUGCUCAGCAGAAGGCUUCUCUCUGACUCCCUGGCAAGCAGGCAAAGAGCAGGGCGGCGCUUUGAAGUGUGAGAUGGCAGGAUUUGAUCUUGCACGCCUCGUCGGAUAGUGUCGCGACAGAAAACUGAAAAUCGAAGCAAUGUGUU